AUAAAAAAAAGAAAAAGAAGUACAUACAAUAACGUGAAAGAACUAUUCUCUCUCUACGGUAAAAAUCAAAGAAUUUAUGAAAAACAUGCAUUUUUUGGAUAACUUUGACCCAGAAACCUCAGCUCGUGAAAGACGUAAACUGAAUCGCAAAAGUUAUUAUAUCAACCGCAAAAGUAAAAGUAUAUACAAUGAACGUGGUCAGAUAGCUGUAACAGGAAAAGAUCUUUGUGAUUGUUUAGAUGAAAGAUGUCCUGGAUGUCACUUUCCUUGCUUGAGGUGCAAUUCAACUAAGUGUGGUCAUGAAUGCAGGGUCAACAGAAAGUGGAUGUAUGAAAAAAUAGAGAUAGAAGGUAAUGAUUUUGUAAUUAAAAAUGAAUAUAAACGCAAGUGACAGCUUUAGUAAUUUAAUUUCAACUUCAAUCAUUGGCAAGGAGUUUGAAGAAAUAUUCUACUUCAAGGUCGCCAUCUUCAGGAAGAUCCGUACAAUGGACUGCAUUAUGGACAAUAUUUUUCCCAUAUUGCGCCCUUAUAGAAUUAGGAUAUAGUUGACGACA